AAAAAAAAAUUUGUUAGCAAUGUUUUUAUUGGCAAUAAUUUAUUUGAUUUUUUCAAAUGCUAUUACUCUACUGUCAGUUAUAACUGUAUAUUUUGUGAUAACCAAAAUCUAUAGUGAUUACCAGAUUCGUGCCAAAUUGCCUCCCGGUCCACGAAAUUGGCCACUUAUUGGCAACUUGGAGUCGAUUUCGGGUGCCACUUCAAAAACGUUUGUCGAGUGGUCUAAAAAAUAUGGACCAGUCAUUGGUUUACAAAUGGGUUCAUCUCCAACUAUAAUACUCAAUGACUGGCCGUCCAUUAAGGAUGCCUUUUCUCAGGACACAACACUUGCCCGACCGAAAGAUAAUAUAUUUUCAAUAAUAGGACCCGAAGGUUUUGGAUCAAUGAGUGGACAGGUAUGGAGAGAGCAGAGAAGAUUUUUGUUGCAUAAGUUUAGAGAUCUGGGUUUUGGAAAGACAUCGAUGGAAGACCAUAUCAUCGACGAGAUUAACCAUUUAUCUGAACUAAUUGACAAAACAUUGGACACCGAAACAAAUACAAGAGAACUGUUCGGUAUUAGUGUAUCCAAUAAUGUCAGCUCUUUUAUAUUUGGCCGACGACUCGACUAUUUGGAUAAUAAUAAGAAAGUCAUCGACGAAUUGGUUAAACCUAAUCCCAGCCUAUCUUUGACCAGUGCUUUCGCCCAAUUCCCGGCAGUUUCCAGAUUUGUCGUCAAUAAACUAAGCUUUUUGUUACCACAAUCUAAUAAUGAUUUACAAAAACUAUUUGACAAUAUUUGUAAUAUAAUGAAAAAUGAAAUCAAAUCACACGAAAAAACAUUGGAUUCAAAUAAUUUUCGCGAUUAUAUGGACGCGUUUAUCACUGAAUCUCAAAAAAAUGCUAACGACUCUAAAACAUCAUUUAAUAAUCAAAUGUUAGUAGCAAACAGCAUGAAUUUAUACGGUGCAGGAACUGCUACAACAACACAGACACUUGAAUGGUCACUACUAGUGUUGGCCACACACCCGGAGGUUCAGCUGAAAAUCCAGAAAGAAAUUGACGACAUUAUCGGCAGAUAUGAGAUACCAAAGUAUGGCUAUAGAAAUCAGAUGCCAUAUCUUCAGGCAUUCAUCUAUGAAGUGUUGAGAUACAGAUCAAUCGUACCAAUUGAUUUGCCCCGAAGUACAAGUGAAGACACUAUAAUCGGUGGACAUAAAAUACCGAAAGGUACACAAAUAUUGGCCAACUUUUGGGCCAUCGAUAACGAUCCGAAACUAUGGGACAAUCCGCAAGUGUUUAAACCCGAAAGGUUUCUCAAAGAUAACGGAACAACUUUCUUCAGACCCGACCAUUUCAUACCAUUUUCUUAUGGCAAGAGGUCGUGUCCGGGAGAGGUAUUAGGAUUGGCAGAGAUAUUCCUCUACAUCGUAUCAUUGCUACAAAAAUAUGAUAUCAAACCCACCAAAAAUACGGACACAACACUUGAUUAUAAGAUUCAGUUUUCGGUUAUACCUAAGGCUGAACCCGUUGUUUGCUUUAAUAAACGUGUUUAGGAGUAAUAAUAAUAAUAAUAAUAAUAAUA